AUCUGACUCUCAUAUGUUUUCUGGGGAGCCUUCGUUUUGUUUCUCUGGCUGUUGCUUCAGAGUUUAAUGGGAGAUGACGACAUCCAAUCGUCUUUCUCUGCCUGCGGAUCCAAGAAGUAGGAGAUCAUGCCUUUGCAAUCUUCCUACAGCUUCUUUGCUUUGUAUAGUUUUCUUUGUAGGGAGUGUGUUUGUUGCAACAGAUUUUAAAGAGAGGUUUACAAGAUGGAGAAUGGUUGAUCAUAUGCUGAUUACAGAACCUAUUCCAUGCGAGAUUCAAUGCAGGCCUCAGGGCAGUGAGGCAUUACCCAAGGGGAUCGUUGUCAGGACAUCUAACUUGGAAUUGCGACCAUUAUGGGGUUCCCCUAAGAAACUGAAUUCAAAGUCAAAGAGCUUAUUGGCCAUUCCUGUUGGAAUAAGGCAAAAAGAAAAUGUUGAUAAAAUGGUAAAAAAGUUCCCAUCAAAUGAUUUUUCUGUGAUGCUUUUCCAUUAUGAUGGUAUGGUGGAUGAAUGGAGUGAUCUCGAGUGGAGUUCUCGUGCCAUACAUGUAUCUGCAAUUGAUCAAACCAAAUGGUGGUUUGCUAAGCGCUUCCUGCAUCCAGCUAUAGUUGCUGAAUAUGAUUACAUUUUCCUAUGGGAUGAGGACCUUGGAGUUGAAAGCUUCAACCCUGGACGGUAUCUAUCAAUCGUUAAAGAAGAAAGGCUGGAAAUAUCACAGCCUGCAUUAGAUGUAGCUAAAUCAGAGGUGCAUCAUCAAAUUACAGCACGUGGGAGGAGAUCUAAAGUGCACAGGAGGACUUUCAAAGUUGGUGGUGGGAGUGGGUGUGAUGCGAACAGUACAGCUCCUCCAUGCACUGGGUGGGUAGAAAUGAUGGCUCCCGUGUUUUCGAGAGCUUCCUGGAGAUGCACAUGGUAUAUGAUCCAGAAUGACUUGAUCCAUGGAUGGGGCUUGGACUAUCAGCUUGGUUACUGCGCACAGGGGGAUCGAACCAAAAACAUUGGGGUGGUUGAUGCUGAAUACAUAGUUCAUCAAGGCCUCCCUACGCUUGGGGGCUUGGAAGAAAAUACUACAACUGCUGAUGCACCGGGUCAGGCUUCACCAACUAAACUUUCACCAAACAUGGAAGCGCAGGCUCCAUCCCAUUCACAUGUGAAUAUAGACAGAUACGCAGUGAGGAGGCGGUCCUAUGUUGAAUAUGAGAUAUUCAAGAAAAGAUGGAAAAAAGCAGCACAUGAGGAUGAAUGUUGGAUUGAUCCUUUCCAGCAACCUGCAAAGCAAUAGUGUCAGUAUUUAUUAUACAUGGGGUCUUCUCAAAUUGCUCAAGGUGCGAUCGUCAAUUAAACACAUAUACACAUUCAUCAACCAAAUAAU